CCCCUCGCCUUGCAGGAGUUUGUGAUCCACGUGAUGACCCGUCGCCGACACAUUUUCGGACGCCCGGAACGCCGCCCAGCCGCAGACCAAUCCAGCUUUGUGGACACAUUCCUGAGCGCCCCGGACAUCCUGCCGCGCCACUGCUGUGUGGUGUCUUCCGUGCCUCCUGCAGACCCCAGCCAGCCCCGGGGCUCGGCGAUGAUGCGGCCUUUCCGUGGGGCAUCCUUAACCCACAAUGGCGCCCCUGUCCAUCGCCAGGUGGAGCUGGCCCCGGGAGACUUGCUGGGGAUGGGGCAGCAUUUUCUCUUCAUGUACAAGGACCCACGAGCGGCACCGGCGCCCCCGGCCUGGUUGCCCAAGGCAUGGGUCUCCCCAGGGCUGGUGGGCGCUCUGGCGUGCCAGGCCUGCGGCCGAUCCCUGCAGGAGCGGCAGGAGGCGUUCCGGGCCUAUCUCAAGAGCAGAGAGCCGCAGCUGCGUUACCGGCCCCAGGAGCAAGAGGCCCUGCUGGCGGAGAUUGUCCGGCUCCAGGAAACUCCCGGCUGCAGGCUGGGCCCGGCCUUCCUCUUUGGGCUCUGUCUGGAACACGCUGCUCGGGAGCUGGAACCAGGUCACUUGCCCAGGUUGAUCGCCAGGAUCGCUCAGCUGGUCAAGGAGGCUGUUUGGGACAAGAUAAAAGAGAUCGGAGAUCGCCAGCCAGAAAACCGGCAAGACAAAGGCGAGGCGGACGAUCUCAGCAUCGAGGAAGUGGCUGCUGACUUACGCCCCCUCAUGCUGUGGAUGGCGAACUCUAUGGAGCUGCUCAACCUGGUGCAGAAGAGGGUCUUGGACAUUGAGAAGGACCUAGAUUUGGAGGGAGUUUCCCACAAUGCUUUGCUCUCCAGUGAUCUGGAGACGUGUGACGAGGCGAUGGCUGUCUUGGAUGAGGUUAUCAUGUCCACGUUCCAGCAGUCUGUGUACUACCUCACUAAGACGCUAUAUUCCGCUCUCCCUGCGUUACUGGACAGUAACCCCUUCAUGGCUGCAGCUGACCUGUCCCACGGGCCAGAGCUCAGCAGCAUGCCGGAGGGGAUCCGCGGGACUCUGGCCAUCUACCAGGCGACGCUCGAACUGACCCGCGAUUGUGACUUGCACCCGGACCUCGUUUCGCAGACCUUCGGAUACCUCUUCUUCUUCUCCAACGCCUCGCUCUUCAACACCCUCAUGGAGAGAGGAACGUCCCUGUUCCAGUGGGCCAAGGCGGUGCAAAUCCAAAGGAACCUCGACCUUGUCCUCGACUGGCUGCAGGGCGUGGGCCUUGGGGACAUCGCCACGGAGUUCUUCCGCAAGCUGAGCACCACGGCCAACUUGCUCUGCGUGCCCAAAAACAGCUUGCUGCAGGCAUCUUGGUCCCGCCUGAGAAAUGACUACCCAGCCCUGCUCCCAGCCCAGCUCCAGCACGUGCUCAGGAAUUAUCAGCUGGGACCAGGCCGCCUGGCGCCCGAGAGCUGGGACCCGCCAGAAGAGGAAAGAAACGAGAUUGCACACAGCGAUAUAUUUGAGAGUUUCACGGACCACCCGCCCUUGAUCCUUCCUUGCGACGGUUUCCGCUUGCGUCUCUCCGAGCCCGUGUCCGAUGACGGCCUCCAUCGCCAACUUGUGCGCCUGCGUCGUUUUCUGUGGGAGCUGGAGCGCGAAUCCCUCCCAGCCAACCAAAGGGCAGUCUACGGCCUGGAUGCCAGUCAGUGACAACAGGGGCGACGGCACCAACGUUCAAGAUGGUUUCAGGUUCUCAGGAAGCCUUUCUCAGAACAUUUUGCCCAGUGGGUUUUGGAAGAGGCGGAAGAACCUCAAACUGUUUGGCUUGGCUGAUGUGGGGUGGAUAAAAAUGAAUAAAAUUAUUCAUUGAAACCAGGAAA